GUUGAUAUCCUUGCUGAUCCAGCGCCUUCCUCUGUGCUCUUUGACAGGCACAGAUGUUGGGGGUGAGAUUUGUUGUGAAUAAUUGCUUGCAUUUCCUUGAUUAUGCAAACCACUGGCUUUUUCCAGGAACUCUCCACUUCCCGAAGCUCUAAGCUAGUUGCCGCCCAUUGGCUAAGUUAGUUUCAUUUUGGAGGAGGCAUAUUUUUCGAGUUGCACAACAGUGAUAACUGCCAGUGCCUGUUGGGACUGAGGUACCUGGAGUUCAGGGACUCCAACUGGCGACAAUGACAGCAGACGAGUUGGUUUUCUUUGUGAAUGGCAGAAAGGUGGUGGAGAAGAAUGCAGACCCAGAAACAACUCUUUUGGCCUACCUGCGGAGGAGCUUGGGGCUGAGUGGGACCAAGCUUGGCUGUGGAGAAGGAGGCUGUGGUGCUUGCACCGUGAUGGUUUCCAAGUAUGAUCGUCUCCAGAACAAGAUUAUCCACUUUUCUGUCAAUGCCUGCCUGACCCCCAUCUGCUCUUUGCACCACGUUGCCGUGACGACUGUGGAAGGAAUAGGAAGCACCAAGUCGAGGCUGCAUCCUGUGCAGGGACGUGGGAGCCAGAGCCUCCAGUUGAGCAAGCUGAUUACACUCCUUGAGAGGAGCAUCUUGGAGCAGUUAAGCGAGGAGAGAAUUGCCAAAAGCCAUGGUUCCCAGUGUGGAUUCUGCACCCCUGGCAUUGUCAUGAGCAUGUACACACUGCUUCGGAACCAGCCCGAGCCCACUAUGGAGGAGAUCGAGGAUGCUUUCCAAGGAAACCUGUGCCGCUGCACAGGCUACAGACCCAUCCUCCAGGGCUUCCGCACCUUCGCCAGGGUAAGUGGGGUUUCCAACGCAGCAGUGGUCCUGCUCCUAAUGCAGUAA